AUGAAGGCCGGCCCGGAUGAGCUUGAAACCCCAUCCCCAACGCUCCCCCCGCCCAAUGAUGCGGACCAUAUGAAAACCAUCAUUGAGGGUACCUCCAUAGAUGACCCUAGAAUUUUUCACCCAACAACCAUGGAGGUGGGAAGAGGAGGGAAAAAUAAGAGAAACACAUUUGCCUGUGUUGGCUGCCAUUCGUUGAAGCAGAAAUGUGUCCCAUCCGAUUUCAACGAUAUAUACAGAAAGCCAUGCGUGCGCUGUUUUCGGCAAAGGAAGAAGUGUAAAUUCGACUUAUCAAAGAGGACCCGAAAGAGACGGCGCGGGAACUCCAAUUCGGAACGAGAGCAGUCUACAUUGUCCAGCCCCUCAGGUCCUGGGAGCGGAACACCGCCUUCUUUAUUUUCGCAAAGCUCCAACCAAGUCCCUAACUUCAAUGUUAUGACUCCCGGAAUUCAAUCAUCACAGAGGAAAUAUUUAACACCGCUUGGAAAUGCCAAUUUGGAAAGUUCAUUAAAUGAGAGAUUGUCGCAAAACUCUCCAGUUUCAACUUCUCCUGGCAUUUUAAACUCGGCUCUUUUAAACCCACCGCAAAAUCAGUUAGAUACACAUUUACCGAUCACAACUGCCAAUGCUCCGGCAAAUGAGAUUUCGUGUGGGAACCCGCUUUUAAAGAGCGAUAUCGUGGAUUCUUUAAAUCAAGAGAGGGGGUUAUCGGUACCUUUAAAUGAACACGACCUUUUAAACAAUGGUACUUCUCCAAGCAACACGAACAAAACUGCACUGCUAGCACCAAUUGAAAAUACAGCAGAACCAUACAAGGCCCCAAACAACAAAAUAUUGCAGUUGGGACGGAACCAUAACCGCGGGAUCUCCAAUCAUCACAUGAAACAUAACUUUAAGAAAAAUCUGCAAUCUCUAUUAAUUUUACUUAAGGGCAAAAUCAGCGUGAUAUCUCAGAAAUUCAAUGUCUGGUCAGUAGAAUGGAAUAAACUGGUAGAGAAUAGUAUGUUUUUACCCACAAUCAAAGAUCCUGUAUCUAUUGGCAUUAUUUCGAUGGACGAAGCAAAUAUAAGAUUAGACCUGUAUCGGAACGUAGUAUCAAAACAAAGUAAGUUACCUAUCGUCGGAAUUGAGGAACAUCUUACAGUCAACCAGCUUAGAAAGGAAAAACCCAUUUUUUUUUCAGUGGUAAUGUCCAUUGUGUCUACGGUAAUGACGGAGACCCAAACCAACAGAGACACAGUCAUGAAACUAGACAGCUUCGUCAUCAAUUUGAUAAGCAUGCAGAUUUUCAAAUUGAACAAUAAAUCUAUAGAAGUGGUAGAGGCAUUAGUAACUUUGUGCAUGUGGUAUAACUUUUUGGAAUGGUCGAAUAAGACUAGGUAUCAUUUGUUCAACUACAUUUGUUGUUGCAUGACUAAGGACUUGGGCCCAACGUCAGUAAACAAAUCUUUCGGUAUGUUUAGUGACGAGGAUCCUUAUAAAUAUAAACCACGCAUAAAGACUCCUCUGGAAUUAGCGGAAAAUGGACCCGUUUUGAUUUUGUUAGUUUACAUUUCAGCGUUGAAUAUUUCGAUCUUCCUUAGACAAGCAGUCAAUGCCACGUGGAACUCUCUAACCGACGGAGCAUUUCAGACUGUUGAAAAGGCGAUUUCCAAGUAUGAAAAUGGAAACUCGAACGACUCGAAUGUGAACUUGGAUCUCGAACAGUGCAAGAUGAUAAUUUUGUUUGCAAGACUAAAUCGUUUACUGGAAAAAAUACACAUCAAUUUACAUGAGAGUUUUGUAAUGAAUCAGGAAAAUGAGGAUAUCGAUUUUAGUUUUACCGUAGAAUACAUCAAAAGAUUAAUCAUCAAGUACCAGAAUGAUCUAAAUUCUAUUUUAACGGAGAUACCGAAAUCGAGAGAGCGGAUGUUGGCAUUUUAUUAUUCUGUGGAGGCGUACUUGCACCAAUUUACGUUAAACCACUACUUCAAAAACGUCACGGACAAACAAAACUUAACCUCAGUACCAGAGAAUGUCAGUAUUGCUUUUGUGAACUGUUACCACUGUUGCUGUCAAUCUCUGAACGAAUUUUUGAAAUUGCCCAAUACAUUAAUUUCUUCAUUACCUCUAUUCCACAUGUCUCGAAUCAUUUACAUUGUGGGAUUGCUGAUUUUGAAAAUCCGCUACAGCGUUGUUGCUCUACCUGUAUUCCACCACCUAACUGAGUUAACAGAUGGUAGUAUUGACCUAGUGAAAAGAGUGACUCAAAAGUUGGAAGCAGUGUCCGAACUGUAUCCGUAUAACAACACGCUGUACAAAUUUCAAUAUGUUAUAGCCUUGUUUGGUCAAACAUAUGCUAACAAAGUGACUGACCUUGCCGGAAAUGUCGAAAGCACGGAUAGUGUCACUCAAUUCAAUGCGAACUUACUAUCUACUCCUCCAACAAUGAAUGAAAGUACCUGUGUCAGUUCUACUGAUCCAAGUGCAUCCACAAUAGGGAAUGUAGACCCAGGUGUGGCCGGAGUACAGAAUUCGUUUGAUCCUUAUCCGAUUAGCGGUGUUUCGGGGCUACAGAAGGAUGGCACUUUCCGUCCUUCAGAUAUACAAAAUACGCCCCCCAGUGUGUCGAGUGACAACUUGACCGACUAUUUAACCGAUGUGAACUCCCUAGCUUGGGGGUACAAUGCCUUGAAUGAUGAAUUUUGGACCGAUUUACUUUAUAACAGUAUAUAG